GGACGAGCGCCUGGCCAUCCCAUCAAGGAUCCCAUAAUUAAACGAGUAAUUAUUACCGUGUAAAACUUGAGCAAUGGUUUCCGAUCAAUAGCGGAGCGAGGCACUCAGCAGCAAUAACAGCUCUGUAAACACAUCACAGAUGAAUGAAGAAAUGCCCUUUGAUAUGCAACCAGGUUGGCAUUAUUUACUCAAGAUAUCGCAGCCAUUUAAGCGACGCGACAAGUCAGUGUAUACAUGCUGGGGAACAGGGCCGCCCCUAUAACCGUAGCCGUCUUCCUGACAACAGUAAACACCCCUCCCGUCGACUGCUAAAUCUACGAGCAUGUGUACCUCGGGAUCUCCAUCCCAAAGAAAUGCCAAAGGAGAUUUAGCCAAAGCCUUGUUUAUAACUAACAAUAUUUGCAUACCAAUAUGAAUUUCAUCCUAUAUCCUUUAAUAAUGCGACUGGGAGUGCUAACCAUAGCAUAAUCUUCUCUUACAAUAUGGCAUCCGCCCUCACAGCUGACAAUAGCGCCAACGAUUCUUACAGAAAAUGUAACUCGGUCACCAACAGAUGACUAGGGUCAUUACUUUCAUAAUCCAAGGUUGUGUUUUAUGAAAGAAUUGUUUAUAGAUACAAGCGUACAGCUGAGCGGUGGUCAGCUGUCGAUCCCACACUGACGGCUGCUGCUGCUGCUGCUGCUGCUGCUGCCAGAUGUUAGACUGUCUCCUGACCCGAUGACCUGAAGACCUAGUUCUCAUUAGCGCUCGUUAUAAGCCAAACACAAAUGUAACGGGAAUAAAACAUGGAGAAUAAAACUUAGUAAUCUAUUUAGCUCUAGGUAAUUUAGGCGUGCGUGCGUGGACACGGUCAAGGAGCAGCAUACCGAUGCGCAGGCCGACGAGAGCCAGAAAUGCCGACAAACAUUUUCCCGCGCUGAACUUUCCCGCGCGUCAGUGUGGUGCCGAGACGCGCCAAAACCACAAGCCCAGGGACAAGUGCUGUCCAUGAUGCGCACUCCUCCCACCCACGUGGUCGGGGACAAGACUGUAGUCGACUAGAAUCAUACCGUGUGCUUCAGUUCGUGUCUGGUUUGGUUUUAUAAAUCUAAUACAAGUCACAAAUAUUUAUUUUUUCAAUGUGAAACUACUGAUAAGUGAAUAUAUCGGAAAGAAGUGACGAUGAGUCGGCUCAGACGGCCCAUGCUCUUGCUGGUGUGGGUGUUGCUGUCGGUAGCAGCCGCUUACAACACCAAUGGGACCUAUCCUCCAGAUCAACUGAACGAAGUGGCCAUCAGCGACGCCCUUCCCAGGUUCCAGGAGCCCAUAAAGAACGUGACUGUUCCACUGGGAAGGGAAGCCGUUCUCUCCUGCAUUGUUGAGAACUUGGGGGAGUAUAAGGUCGGGUGGAUGAGAGCAGACACCCAGACCAUCCUCAGUCUACACAAGAAGGUUGUCACCCACAACAUCCGUAUCUCCGUCACCCACAGCGAGCCUCGAACCUGGAACCUCCACAUCAGGAUGGUGAAGGAGGACGACCGGGGCUGCUACAUGUGCCAGAUCAACACAGCCGUCAUGAAGAAGACCGUCGGCUGUGUCGACGUUCACGUCCCUCCCAACAUCAUCGACGAGCAGACCUCCGGGGACAUCACGGUGCCGGACGGGGAGAGCGUCUCCCUCGUGUGUACCGCGAACGGCUACCCGGCGCCCAAGAUCCUGUGGAGACGAGAGGACGGAGAGAAGAUUACUCUCAGGACAGGCAAGAGAGACAGGAUGAAAGUUGACGACGUGGAGGGCCCCUACCUCAACCUGACGCGCGUCCGACGCAAGCAGAUGGGCGCGUACGUCUGCAUAGCCAAGAACGCCGUCCCUCCAGCCGUCAUGAAGCGGAUCAUCGUCAAUGUCGCCUUCGAGCCGACGGUCCACGUCCCGAACCAGCUGGUGGGGACGCCCCUGGGGUCUGACCUCUUCCUCUCCUGCAAGGUGGAGGCCUACCCCAAGCCUAUCACCUUCUGGAAGAAAAAUAACGACUUUAUGAUUCUCGAUGGACCGAAAUACAAAGUCGGGGAGUCGACGAGAUCCUACCACUCCAACAUGUCGCUCAUCAUUCGGGACGUCCAGGCCUCGGACAUCGGCACGUACACGUGCGUGGCCAGGAACUCCAUCAGCCAGGCCGAGGGCCAGAUACGGACCUACGAGAUCGACCCUCCAGCAACACACAGACCCACCACCUCCAAAGGGCCACCAGGGGGCGAUUCUCCCUCCCCGGCCCUCAGCCACAGCGCCAAGUCUUCAGGUCCACACAAGAACAAGUACGAGGACGAUUACAAUUACAAGACGACGGUGGACGCGUCUCACUCGUCACACAACAAAGGGAAGCGGAAGAACCCACCUCACUACCCAGACGUGGAGACAGACCAGACGAGGAACCCGUCGCUACGCCCCGACCUGUCGUCCCGUGGGGCGCCUCGCCACACCCUCGCCCCGUUCCUGCUCCUCCUCAUCAACGUUCUUCGCAUUGCUCACUACUUCUGAACGGCUUUCACCCUACUAGAUACAAAUAUAUAUAUAUAUAUAAAUAUCACAUGUAAGCUAAGCAACCCUCCUUUGUUAUGUUACGCGUCAGAGAUGCGCACUUGCUGUGUCGGGCUGUAUAUUGCUCUCGCUACGUGUGACUCUUCAUUAAAACAUUUCUAAAACCCUCAAAUUAGAUUUCGAUGCAUGAGAAUCUUUGUGUGAAGAAACGUGUGUGUGUAUUGACGUGAUUCUCAGUGGCUUUAUCUGUUCCGCCGAGACAUUGUUAGCUCUCGUUCUCUGUGUCCUUGGGACUAUGUCACGCCAGGAGGACCUUGUCCACCUCUUACCAACGAUUGGAAACAUCGGCCUCACUCGUCACGUGGUAAGAACUAAGAUAUAUAAGGUGAUGUAGGAGUGAUUGGAGACACGAAACGUGACAGCUGUGAGCAGCGAGAGAACAGAUACGACGAGUGAGGGGACAGAUACGACGAGUGAGGGGACAGAUACGAGGUAAAGCUAUGAGGAGAUAAAUGGAGUGUGAUGAGCCCCGCAUCAAGAAUGAGUUACCUUUCAUAAGAGUGAUAAAGUGUGAGGAGCGCAUCAUCUAUCCCCAGUGAGCAAUGGACAAUACCAAGACGCUUUCAUUGUUUGUUCUUCACAUGUGGGUGUAAAUAAUACCGAGUUAGCCAAUAUAAGUUGAACUACGACAUUAUUCUUAAAUCAUCUCAUAAACUGCCCUUAGUGUAAAGUGCCAUGAUUAUUAUUAUUAUUACUAGACUUGACGAGGAGAAACACGACGUGCGCAGUCAAGGGCUUAACAGCCAAGCCAACAUGCUUGCCGUCCCUCAUGCAAUCAUUCCAGUUCCUUAAUUAUCCCAGUAUAACCACACAGAGCCACAUCUUACACUAAACAGGUCGUAAUUCAUACGUUCUACCCUUUACCCACUGCUAAUAUCGCUGGCUUUUCAAAUUUGACCUUCACUUGACAAACAAUUUAUCAGCAUUGGAGUGCCAUUUGAAAACACUAUUGUAGUUGACAGUCAAGUGCUUUUUGCAUGAUGAAGUAGCAGAGUUAUGAGUUUUCUGUUGAUGCUAACUGGAAAACGAUUGCAAAAAUGUCAUAAACAUUGUAUGAAAUUGACGUUCCACCACUAGACACUAUCAACAAUGAUCAACAAUCUAGGAUUUUUUAAAAUCAUUUAAUCCAAGUAAAGUCAUGCCCACUCUAAUCUAAUCAUGCUUACUCAUAUCAAUGUAAGAAAAUAUGAUUAAAAAAAGCCUUUGGCCAAUAGGAGGCCUCUCCCAUAUCUAUCCACACAAACUCAUUCACAUGUCUAACCUACACUUGAAACAAUCCAGGGAUCCCACUUCUAUUAUGAUAUCCGGUAGUUUGUUCAGUAACUUUACAGCCCUGUUUACAAACCAGUAUUUAUCCAGGUCUUUCCUGAAUCUGACAUUAUCCAAUUUAUAUCCAUUGCUUCGUUUUCUAGUUUGUGUUGAUAUAUUUAAAAUCUUGUUUAUAUCUCCUAUGUCUUCUCAUCAAUCUUCAUGUCACUAUUUUCUCUUCGUCUUUAUAACUCAAGCAACUUCAACAUUUUGUAUUUUAUCUUAGUAACAAAAGUAUCUAAUUGUUGACACAAAUGGAUCUAAAUUAUUUAAACCACUGUUAAUGUUCCAAUUACAUAAUUUUGUAAUAUGUAUUACAAAAUCAAUUAUGUUCCUAUUGAAAAUGCGUUUACAAGUCGUUAUUGAAGACGUCAUCUCAAAAUCAAUUUGGUGACAACUUUUUGACAAGUGAACAAAGCCUUAGACAAUUGGUCAUGUCUUAUGGAGUAUUUACGUUGCGAAAUUCUAAAUUUCAAAUCUUUGGAUGUUUUCUCUACAUAGAACCUAUUACAGUCUUUACAAUGUAGGGCAAACUAUAUAUAGGGAUCUAUGUAAGGCAAACAUUCAAAGAUUUGAAAUUUAGAAUUUAGAACAGGAACACCAAAACAAAAUAUAUGCAAGUGUGGCAUUUAGUAACAUAGUCACUUGUGGUUUUCUGAAAUUCCCAGGAAAAAAUUCCCAGGAAAAAAUUUCCAG